ACCUAAUCUGAUCCACCCACCUGAAACACUGCGGGUCUGCCUUUAGUUAGGGCAGUUUCCCUGAGAGAGAUGGAGAGAAGAAAGAGAGAGAGAUAGACAGAAUAAAGAGAGAGAGACAGAAGAAAGAGAGAGCGAUUGGGAAUGUAGGCUACCUUUGCGCCACACCCGCCCUCACCCAUGUCGUCAUGCUUUCGGGGCGGGGCCUGAGGAAGAGUGCGCAGUGAGAUAGGAAAGCCAGAGAGAAGUCGAGUGAUUCGGAGCCAGAAGACGAGCCGCGGACUGCUACAUUUUAUGGUCGAGAAGUCAAGCACCUGUUGAGCGGCAGGCGCACCGAAAGUUUUCUGUUGUUUUUGAGGACAGCGAGAGCGCACAGUUGCGGAUUAAGAGAUGACGGACGCUAUUUUACCAAACGGCUGCAAGGCGAACGGAACCGUGGAGAACGGCUACUUUAAAAAGGGCUGCAACCCACUGGCUCAGACCGGCCGCAGUAAGCUGCAGAAUCAGAGAGCCACCCUCAACCAGCAGAUCAUCAAACAGAUGAGAAUGAGAGCCGGAGCAGAGAAUCUCCUCAGGGCGAGCAGCAACAAUAAGGUGCGUGAGAGUGUCCUGCUGGAGCUCAGCUUCGUCAACUCCAACCUGCAGCUCCUCAUGGAACAGCUGGAGGGCCUCAACAGCUCUGUGGAGGUGUACCAGAACGUCCAGGAGAGCGCCAGUAUCCCAUUGAUCCCCCUGGGUCUUAAGGAGACUAAGGAUGUGGACUACUCUGUGCCCUUUAAGGACUUCCUCCUUGAGCACUACAGUGAGGACGGACACGAUUUCCAGGAGGAGAUUUCCGACCUCAUGGACCAGAGACAGGCCUGUCGGACCCCCAGUCGGAGUGAGGAGGGCAUUGACCUGUUGGCCGGUUACUUCAGUCAGCUGGCUCUGCUGGAGAGCAGGUUCUUCUCCCCUAAUCGCCAGAUCGGAAUCUUCUUCACCUGGUACGACACGUUUACAGGCGUGCCGGUGUGUCAACAGAACAUCUCUCUGGAGCGUGCGAGUGUGCUCUUCAACAUGGGCGCCCUCUACACACAGAUCGCCACGCGCUGCCACAGACAGAGCAGCUCCGGCCUGCAGGAGGCCAUCAGCGCCCUCCAGAGAGCUGCAGGCGUGCUGCACCACCUGAAGGAGACGUUCACACACACGCCCAGCUACGACAUGAGCCCGGCCAUGCUGAGCAUGCUGGUCCGCAUGAUACUGGCGCAGGCCCAGGAGUGUCUGUUCGAGAAGAUCGCCCUGCCCGGCAUACGCAACCUCUUCCUGUCUCUGCUCAAGAUGGCCCAGGAGACCGCCAAGGUGAGUGAGAUGUAUGACCACGUCCACCAGUCCAUGAUCCAGACGCCAAUCAAAGACAACGUGCCAUUCUUCUGGUCCACGAUGGCGCAGGUGAAGAGCAGCCACUACCGCUCACUGGCCCACUACUUCACUGCUACCGCACUCAUGGACCAUGAGGUGAACCCUAGUGACGAUGAGGACCAGCAGGAGAAGGCCUUCUCUCAGAUGUACGACGCCAUGCCUGACGCACACCCCCCUCUGGACAUCCUCAAGAACACGAAGGAGCGCCAGCGCAUCGGUAAAGCUCACCUGCGGCGGGCGAUCCUGGAGCACGAGGAGGCGUUGCGUAUCUACAGCUUGUGUCGGGAGCUGCGGAGGCUGGACAUCCUGGGCGACAUCCUGCAGGCCACGCUCAAGCGCUCGCUCGCCAAGUUCGCCCUGCACGAGGACGAGGACGAGUUCACAGACUACAUGGAAGCGCCUGACAUCAACUCCAAGACGGAGCAGAAGGCUGAGAUGGAGGUCCCGGGGUCCACUAAGGUGAAAGUCACAGACCUUUUCCAGCGACUGGGCCCACUCUCUGUCUUCUCAGCAAAGCAGCGCUGGACCGCUCCCCGUACGAUCAGACUCCGUCCAGAGGACCGUGACAUUGGCUUCACGCUGAAGGGCGACGGCCCGGUCCAGAUCCAGUCUCUGGACCCACUCUGCCCGGCUGCGGCGGACGGACUGCGCGAGGGCGACUACCUGGUGGGGGUGGGCGAGGUGGACUGCAAGUGGAGCAGCGUGACAGAGGUGACGCGGCUGCUGCGUGACGUGGACGAGAGCGGAGUGGACAUCCGAGUGGUCAGCAUGAUGGACACCAGCCAGCCUCUGCCUCCCAAGAGCGCCACCUACUGUGGGGGUCUGCCCAAGACCUACUCCAUGAUCUGCCUGGCCUUCAACGACGAGGACAAGAACCCCAAGUCCCGCAAGGUGACCAAGAAGAUGUCCUUCCUGAGCUGGGGCCUGAAGAACAAGAGCGCCAGCACCCUGAGCCUGCCCACGGCCGACCACAGCGCCAGCGGCCUGCCCUGGCAGAGGCCCUGCCCCGCCUUCCCCAGCUCCUACAACGACAGCGCUCUGUACUAGACACACACACACACACACACACACACACA